UGGGCAAAACGCCGUCGUGUUCCUCGCCAGUGUUGAAUUUUCUGUCGGGGUUCAACAAACCGCUCCACGACAAGACUAAAUGGCCGAAUUCGAGGAGAACCAAAGGUGAUAUAAGUUUUUUUUUUAACCUGAGCCUGGUUCGGUCCAGACAGCGGCCUUUUUUUUUUUCAGCCUCACAUCACAGCGUGUUCAUCCCGCUUCCAUUGUGAGAGCUUCUCUAAGAAGCCCGCGCUAAGGCACCGACCGCGCACACCUGCCGCCUUUUCAGCCGAUUUUCACCUAUUUUCCUGAAUUUACACAUUGCAAAAUGUGCUCUCGGGUUUGGUUCGUGACGGACCGGCGCAUCAGCCAGGAGUACCCCCAGGUCCAGAUCCUCCGGGCGCUGAAGGAGCGCUGCGCCGACGAGGACGUUGAAUUCCGCUACCUCCUCAUGGAUCAGAUCGUGCUGACGAUCACACAAGGCCAGUUAGGUUUACGAGUGGACCAAGAGUUGGUGACGUCUUAUCCCCAGGUGGUGGUAGUACGGGUCCCCACACCUUGGGUUCAGUCUGAUAGCGACAUCACUGUGCUGCGCCACCUGGAGAAGAUGGGUUGUCGGCUAAUCAACCGGCCCCAGGCCAUACUCAACUGUGUCAACAAGUUUUGGACCUUUCAAGAACUAGCCGGUCAUGGGGUGCCUCUUCCUGACACCUUCUCUUAUGGGGGGCAUGACAACUUCCGUAAGAUGAUCGAUGAGGCAGAGCCUCUGGGUUACCCGGUGGUGGUAAAGAAUGCACGUGGCCACAGAGGCAAGGCUGUGUUCCUGGCACGGGAUAAACCCCACUUGACAGAUCUAUGUCACCUGAUUCGCCAUGAUACGCCCUACCUGUUUCAGGAGUAUGUCAAGGAGUCGCAUGGUCGUGACGUACGGGUGGUCAUGGUGGGUGGCCGUGUCAUUGGCUCCAUGCUACGCUGCUCCACUGAUGGUCGCAUGCAGAGCAACUGCUCCCUGGGUGGUGUGGGUAUGAUGUGCCCCCUCAGUGAGCAGGGCAAGCAGCUGGCGGUCGAAGUGUCCAACAUCCUCGGCAUGGAUGUAUGUGGAGUUGACCUCCUGCAGCUAAACGACGGCUCCUUUGUUGUUUGUGAGGCUAAUGCCAACGUGGGCUUCAUCGCCUUCGACCAGGCAUGCGGCAUAGAUGUAGCGGGGAUCGUGGCCGACUUUGCUCUGUCGAUGCUCCCCAGCCGCCUCACUCGUAAGAUGUCUCUCCUGUCCGUCGUGUCCAGCGCCAGCGAGACCUGCAGCGAGCCCGAAGUGUGCAUCGUUCCUUCGGGUGGCGGCUCGCUGCCCGAGGCCGUCUGCAACAUGAGCGUAGGCUCCACCUCCAGCGAGAGUGACCCAGAGCUGGCAGAGCCCUCGCAGUCAUCACCCCGUCACUCCAAUACCCCCAUCCUGCCCGAUCUCCCCGAUGCAGCCUACAACUUCAACACCCUCCUGGCCAAUGAGAUCAAACUAUUGACUGAGUGAGGUUCAUGCAAAGUCAUGCUCACACAAACACCACAAAUGCACGCAUACUUAUACCUGUAGAAACAUUCCUCGCAUAUCGGUCUGAAACAGUUAAACAUAAAAUGUUUUGUGCAACACAAGAGCUGAGAGAAACAGAACACACAUAUUGCGAGAACCACACAAACAAACAUCUACGCAUGAGCUUUCGCUUUGAGAGAAAUAGAUCUGAGGCUGCUCC